AUGUCGAGCACCGGGUCUCCUAGCAGUCAUAGCGGCGAGUUUAGUGGAGAAAGUGACACGUCGAUGGUGCUGCCAUCGCCAUCACUCUUCCCGCUGCUGGCUACUUUUCAGGCCAACGUUCUUCGCAGAAUCGCUUGGGACAUGCUCUUUGAGCAUUUGGGGCGCAUGCACGCGGACAGGCGUGCCAUCACCAAUAAGUGGCGGGCAGUCAAAAGUCGUCAGCAAAACAUGUCACCCGAGAACGUACUGGAGCGUACCCUUCCCAGCAACGACAGCGAUUGGGUGGCUCGCGUAGGAGGUCGACAUUGUGCCGGGCUCCCGGCCAUUCGCGACCGCUUGGAGGUGCUCUUGUAUGCCGAGCUCCGUUCCAGGGUCGCGCCCGCUUACCGUCUGCGCUGCACUCUCCUGCUGCUGGACGAGACUGUUGGCCAUGGCGUGCGAACAAUUCUGAAUCGUCUUCUGCUGCCUCUCCUGCAACCAGGCCGUAUCAGGAAAUUUCAGCGCUGGUAUAUCUCGUUCAGACAACAUCGCGAGUUGGUUUACACCACAGCUCCGGAGAUUUGA